AUGGAAUCUAAAGAAACUGUUCGUAUUGGUGGCAGACGUUCGAAGUUGGCUGUUGUUCAGUCUGAGCAAGUCAAAGUCAUGAUUGAGUCGAAAUUUUCCCAUAUCGAAUGUCCACUUCUAUCUGUACACACUCUUGGCGACCAAGUUCAGUCUAAGCCCUUGUAUUCUUUUGGUGGGAAGGCUGUGUGGACGAAAGAACUAGAAGAUUUAUUGUACAAAGAUGAUGAAUCUCGUAUCGAUCUGAUUGUUCAUUCAUUGAAAGAUAUGCCAACUCUUCUACCUGAUGGAUUCGAAUUAGGCGGUAUCACGAAACGUGUAGAUCCUACAGAUGCUCUAGUCAUGCCAAUUGGUUCUCCGUACAGUAGCUUGUCAGAGUUGCCUGACGGCUCGGUGGUCGGAACUUCAUCAGUAAGAAGAUCUGCUCAAUUAAAGAGAAAAUUUCCAAACCUGAAAUUCGAAAGUAUCAGAGGUAAUAUUCAAACCAGGCUGGCGAAAUUAGAUGAUCCAGAGACUCCUUACAAAUGUAUCGUUUUGGCCAGUGCCGGCCUAAUGAGAAGUGGACUUGAUUCUAGAAUUACCCAGCGUUUUAAUGCUGACACAAUGUGCUACGCAGUCGGUCAAGGUGCGCUUGGUAUUGAAAUCAGAAAAGAUGACGAGAAGAUGAAAAAAAUUCUAAAAGAAAUUUGUGAUCCUUCGACGACUAUCUGCUGUCUAGCCGAGCGUUCUUUACUCAGAACUCUAGAAGGUGGUUGCUCAGUUCCAAUUGGUGUUGUAUCCAACUACGACGAAAGUACAAAAGUGUUAACCUUAAAAGGUAUUGUUAUCAACGUCGAAGGUACUGAAUGGGUAGAAAUCGAACAUAAGGUCACCAUUUCUAACGAAAGGGAAGAUAGUAUAAAUUGUGGUAAAGAACUUGCUGCUAAACUAACCCAAAAUGGUGCCAAAGAGAUCUUAGACUCUAUCAAUCUUGACAAAAUCACUUAA